AUGAAAUGUGAGUUCAAAUUUGAAUGUCAUAAUGUCAUGACGCAAUUACCAUUGGCGGCUUUGAUCUUCCGCUCCGCAGCGCUAGCGGCUUCCUCAAACAAGAACUGGCUAGAGGACAGCGUUGCAUUUCUCCUUGAGAUAACAUCCAUCGAAGAGAAAGUCCAAUUGACCAUUCACAUCAUGGCGGCCAUCCAGCGGAUCGUUAUAUCGCUCCUGCUUAUGCUCACGGCUGGCUUUUUUUUUCUAGCCACCGCGGAAGCUGGCAAGGGUCCUAGAAUCACAGACAAGGUCUAUUUCGAUAUCACUCAUGGCGACGAGCCUUUGGGCCGAGUAGUCAUUGGGCUCUACGGCAAGACUGUUCCGAAGACAGCAGAAAAUUUCCGUGCACUAUGUACGGGAGAGAAGGGUUAUGGUUACGAAGGGUCGACCUUCCACCGUGUUAUCAAACAGUUCAUGAUCCAGGGUGGCGACUUCACCAAUGGCGACGGGACUGGCGGAAAAUCCAUCUAUGGGGCAAAAUUUGCCGACGAAAACUUUAAGUUGAAGCACAGCAAAGUCGGUAUCCUGAGUAUGGCGAACUCUGGGAAAGAUACAAAUGGCUCUCAAUUCUUCAUUACCACUGCCAUCACCAAUUGGCUUGACGGAAAGCACGUAGUCUUUGGCGAAGUCAUCGAGGGCUACGAGAUUGUAGAGAAGGUCGAGAACGUUGACAAGCUGCCCGGAGACAAGCCGGAGAGGACAAUCAAAAUUGUCAAAAGUGGCGAGUUGGAGAAACCUGACGAAGGUACCCACGCGGAGCUCUAG